AUGAGUCAGUCAACUAUCACUCGUGAAGUCACGAAGGUCAGAAUUCUGACUGGACUGAUUGUGCCUGAAGUGGAUAAGCGGAUUGGCUCGACACGCCACGUGGCAUCCUCGCCGGACACAGGAGGAAUUCUCAAUUCAGCAUUUCCGAAUGACUGCUUCAAGGCUGAUCGGACUACUAAUGGAGGGACCCAGGGUGCUGUCAUUCGGGAGGGCAGUGGAUCUAGCGGCGAUGAGCAGUUCGUAUCCGAGAAGACGAAAGGUUAA